UGUUCUUCACAGAGUUCAGGUGUUUAACAGUCUUACGGCCUGUGGGAUGAAACUGUCUCUGAGUCUGGUGGUUUUAAAUAUGAUGUAUUUACUUCAACAAGGACCAUGCCUACAAACACAUUAAUCUCAGAGAAGAGAUGAAUGAAGCCAGAUUUGAGCUAAUAGCUACCUUCCAUCUGGAGUCCUUUUCCACCUGACCUUUCAGCCUCGCUGCCGUUUCCUAUCGGACAUGUUUGGUGUUUUUCACUGAAGAAGCGAGCGUCCUCAGAGGUUUGUUCCUCUGGUUCCCGGGGAGAUGGCGGCGGCCAUCGCCAGCUCCCUGAUCCGACAGAGACGUCAGGCCCGAGAAAACAACACAGAGAAAGUGACCACCAACAACAAGAGGAGGACGAGUCCCAGCAAAGACAAAGACCCGCGGUCUCUGUGUGAGAGACACAUCUUCAGCGUCUUCAGCAAGGUGCGCUUCUGCAGCGGCAAGAAGAGGCCGGUCAGACGGAAACCAGAGCCACAGCUGAAGGGCAUCGUGACUCGUCUCUUCGGCGAACAAGGCUUCUUCCUUCAGAUGCAGCCGGACGGAGCCAUCAGCGGAAACAAAGACGAGAACAGUGACUACACUCUGUUCAACCUGAUCCCAGUGGGACUCAGAGUGGUGGCCAUUCAGGGCGUGAAGGCAGGACUCUACGUGGGGAUGAACGCUGAGGGGUUCCUCUACACAUCA